AUGGAUGCGAUAACAAAGGUUCUGGAGAAGGUGGAGGAGCAGGUGGAUGCAGAGCUGAAUAAACUGAGUGAGAUGGAGGAGGAUGAUUUAGAAAGGCUUAAACAAAAGAGGCUGGAGGCGCUCAAAAAAGCCCAGAAACAGAAGCAGGAGUGGUUAUCAAAAGGUCACGGGGAAUACAAAGAAAUCCCAAGCGAGAAAGACUUUUUCAGUGAGGUUAAAGAUAGCAAAAAAGUGGUCUGCCAUUUUUAUAGAGACUCUACUUUCAGAUGUAAGAUCCUUGACAAACACCUAUCAAUCUUGGCUAAAAAGCACAUGGAGACCAAAUUUCUUAAAUUGAAUGCGGAGAAAGCACCGUUUCUGACAGAGAGGCUUCGUGUCAAAGUCAUCCCUACGUUGGCUUUGCUGAUCGAUGGAAAAACAAAGGACUAUGUGGUUGGGUUUUCUGAUCUGGGAAAUACAGACGAGUUUUCCACAGAGCUGCUGGAGUGGAGACUGGGUUGUGCCGAUGUCAUCAAUUACAGUGGAAACUUGAUGGAGCCUCCGACACAGAGUAAAAAAUCAGCUACUAAAAAAGUAGAAAAGAAGACCAUCAGAGGACGAGGAUAUGACUCAGAUUCAGACUCCGACUGA